CUCGACUAUCUUAUCAAUAUAAUAGAAAAUCUUUGCUGUGGAUCAGGCGCUGUCAGGUGCAAGCAAAGCUGCUAAUGACACUACCGCAGCUCCGUUAAAAGUACAGAAUGUGCCACGAACGAAGAACAAGCGCUGCUCUCUGAUUCUCUCCGAGGAGAGAGAGAGAUCAACCAUGGCCAGCUGGCGGAGAGAGAGCCCGCGGAGCCGGGCAGGACUGGGAGGUAGCAGCCUGAGAGCAGCGAGGAAGCCCCGGCAGAAAGAUCCAUCCAGCGAGGUAGGGGACGCGGGCGAAUCAAUGACAGAGCUGCCACAAUUGUUACGGCUUUAUUUCUAUGGAAUGCACGGUGUCACUUUGGAUAUUCUCCUGUCUUCGGCACAGGGGCUUUUCGCUGACAGCGACCCCAAACUGUUCGGUUUUUCCUCCCCGUACCUCUGCAUCAUGCACUCGCUGACCCAUUUCUUGCUGGAAAAAAUAUAUUCGCAAAAGAAGUGCUUUCAAGGACGCCCAGUAGUUUUUCACCUUGUUUUCUAUCCCUCUGUGUACAUCGGGCUGCAGAUUCUGAUUGGGAAUAUUAACACGCUGACCGAGCACGUUAGAAUAGUCUCUGCCACUCAUCUCGUAGUUCACUACCUACUGUCCCUGUACUUCACCCAAGUAUUCCACAAGGGGCUUGCGCGGCUGCGCUACCACUGCCCCGGGAAACGGACCAUGUCUACCCCGGCAGAGCGCACCCUGGAGUCGCUGCCAACUAACGGUCUGCCUGAUGUUGUGCGAUUCGUCUUCUUUGGAAUGCACGGCUUUUUGGACGAGAUCAUUUUUACCUCGAUAUUCAACCUUGUGGAGAAAUUGGACCGGACCAUGAGCGGCCACACGUCCCUGUGGUCCUUCCUGAUGUACGGAAGCUGCAGCUUCGUGGUAGAGAAACUCUACCUUCAUUUACGCUUCAGACGGGGUUGGAGCACCUGGAGGCGGCUCCCCAUCUAUAUCUGCUUCAUCUACACCUGGGAGUUCUGUUGGGGGCUGGCGCUUCGGCAGUACGGCGCAUGCUCAUGGGACUAUUCCCACUAUCCAUUCAACUUCAUGGGCCUGAUCACGCUCCUCUACCUGCCCGGAUGGGUCUGCAUCAGUCUCUACCAGGAUAUCCUGUCCAACGUUCUGCUGCGCGUGGUUGUGUGUGCCAAAGACGAGGAGUGAGGGUACUCAGGGCAGGGCGCUGGCAUCAACGUCUGCCCUGUGUCCAGGAAAAAAACUGUAUUAUAGGCCUAGGCCACAUUUGAUUUAGGGACUAUUGAUACUAAUACAAAUAAAGAAGAGGACAUUUAAGAUGAUCAAUGGUGUACCCGCACUUUGUAAAAUAAUGUGUAUUUCCCCAGUGGAAAUGUGGUAUUGAUGUAGCUGUUUAGACAGCCUCUCAGUGAUUCUAACGAAUAGCCUAUCAAUUUGUUACAGGUAGCCUAAACACACAGGCAUGCCUUGCCUGGCAUGUGAUGACACAUAGACAUGCCUUCUGCUGUGAUGACAACUGCCAUUUCUAACUUUGAUGCAGAUGAAACAAUAUUUUACAUGUUACACUUCACUUGCUUGCUCAUGAUUUUAGAGCUGUGAAUAAUUUCCUAAGCUAUAUUGACAAAGUCAGCCAUAUGCAUGGCGGCACCAUUUGAUUUGGUUGGUCUCUUCAAUCCCAGCGCAUGCUCUGAACUAAUUUCUGCAUGGCUGCAUAUGCACAUUCGUGAUCACUUAAUUGCUUAAAUCUUAUUUUCUUUAAAUAAAUAAAAAAAGCAUGACAUUUGGAAAUAAAAUAGGUUCUAAAAAGUUCAAAAUGUAUGUAGCAUGAGAUGUAAUCGAACAGAAUAGAACGGGUUGUGGACUGAAUUAAUUUCACUGUGAAUCUUUUUCUGAACCUAACCUUACUGUGUUGGAGUGCCUUUCUGAGUAAACCUACAGACAGCUGGACUAAAGACAAACUGAACUACACUGUGGGCCAGGUUCCCCCUAGUCGUGGCUGACCUAAAAAGGAAGCUCAAUGGGGAAUUGAAAGAGCUUUUUAGUCUACAACUAUAGGCUUAAUCUGGGUUAUGUAAACAGACAAUGUGUGCCAGUCAGAGAGACCCUGAGGAUCAGAUUUAACCUUCUCCCUUUACAUAGGGACAUCUCCCAAACUGAACUACACUGUGGGCUAGUUUACCUGUAGUCCUGGCUGAACUAAAAACAAAGCUCAAUGGGGAAUCUCCAGCCCCAGGCUUGUUUAUCUAACGUUCAUAAAGCAGCGGAGCACGCGUCAGCGUUUUAUGGUUUACACUCUACAGGUUGAUCUGGAGUGGGCAAUAUCAGGAGUCAGCAGACCUCGGUUCAAAUACUACUUGAAAUCUUUCAAGCACUUUCACUGUUUGUUUUCAACUUCUUGGAGUGCCAGAUGGACAGGGUUUGAAUGUUUGUGACUAUUCAAUUGGUUCCACACCAGGAAAGCUCAAUCAAGCCUAGCAAAAGUAUUUUAAAUGAUUUCAAAAUGGUAUUUGAAUCCAGGUCUGGGAGUCAGGUGUGGAGCAUGUAUAAUUACUUGGGAUCAACCUCCAUGUAUUUUGCCCUUUGGCAUUGAUUUUUCUGCCUGUUUUAUUUCCUUGUUUGCACUUAUACCACACGGUAAAGUCUCAUGUUCUCUCUGAGGGACCAAACACAUACAGUGUGUGUGAAUACCUGGCACUGUGACUUCACUAGCAACCUGUUCCAACAUUAUACUCUUUGGAAAGUCUGUUUGGAAACGUAUAGUUUUAGCUCUACUGAUUUUAUGAUUCUCUAGCAUGUUUUAAUUCAUUUUACUGCCUGCUGUCGUCAGUCCUGGGGAUUCUGUGAAACUAAGGUUGGAGGUAACUGAAAGCUGGUAAUACUGAUGAGUAAUACUAGUGCAGGGAAAAAUAUCUUCUAACAUAAUGUUAUUGAAAUAUUUCAACUUUUACACAUGUUGAUUUUUGUCAGAUGAUUAUGAAUAUGUCAUGCCGUGGGAGUUUCCCUUGCCUCUGCAAACAAACACUCUUCUGGAGACUCACACUGGACUGAUUGAAAUAAUAAUUAUUAUUAUUAUUCAUUAUUUUCAUUAUUUUCCUUGUGGUUUGUCAUUUCAAAAUGGUGGGCUUUUGUUGUGGACGAUGCAAAAGAAGGAUACACAUGGGCCAACAGUUACUGCCUCAGUGAUGAUGAAUAGGACCAGGAGUUUCUUUCCUGGUUACAGUGCCUUGCAAAACUAUUCACCCCCUUGGCGUUUUUCCUACUUUGUUGCAUUACAACCUGUAAUUUAAAUUCAUUUUUAUUUGGAUUUCAUGUA